CCUGCCGCAGCCCGGGGCCUGCGGAGCCCCGCGGUGCCGCGGAGCGGGGAGGUGUCCGCUCUGCCCGCCCGGCGCCGGGGGUGCCGCGGCUCCCUCUGGCCGUACCCCGCUUUGUGCGCAGCUGGGGCCGGCUCCCCAGCCGCGGGGACACCGGCGGGCGGGGGAUGCCGCGGACUUCGGGCAUCCCCGAUGUCGUGGAACCCGCAGUACCGCAGCUCCAAGUUCCGCCACGUGUAUGGCAAGGCCGCCAGCAAGGACAAGUGCUACGACUGCGUGCCCAUCACCCGCAACGUCCAGGACAACCACUUCUGCGCCGUGAACCCCAGCUUCAUCGCCGUGGUCACCGAGUGCGCGGGCGGCGGCGCCUUCCUCGUCAUCCCCAUCAAGCAGACUGGAAAGCUUGACCCGCAUUAUCCCAAAGUAUGUGGGCACAAAGGAAAUGUUCUGGACAUCAAGUGGAACCCAUUCAAUGACUUUGUAAUAGCUUCAUGUUCAGAAGAUGCCACAGUUAAAAUCUGGGACAUCCCCAAUCAGAUGCUAAAAAGAAACAUUACCACUCCGAAGAAAGAACUUCUUGGGCAUGCUCGAAGAGUGGGUCUGAUUGAAUGGCAUCCCACAGCUGAUAACAUUCUCUUCAGCUCUGGCUAUGAUUACAAGAUAAUGAUUUGGAACCUUGAUGUCAAAGAUGCUGUACUUUCAAUGCCAGUGAAGAUUCUUGAUGCUCACAAAGAUGUGGUCCUCUCCAUGUCAUUCAACACAGAUGGCAGUCUCCUUGCCACUGCUUGCAGGGACAGAAAGAUACGUGUGAUAGACCCUCGUGCUGGAACAGUGCUACAGGAAGGAAGCUACAAGUCUCACAAAGCCAAUAAAGUCUUAUUCAUUGGAAACAUGAAAAAGCUGUUUUCUACUGGAACGUCUUUGUGGAAUAAUAGGCAAAUUGCAUUAUGGGAUCAAAAUAACCUUUCUGUGCCUUUACUGGAGGAGGAUCUGGAUGGCUCCUCAGGACUACUGUUUCCCAUCUAUGAUUCUGACACACACAUGCUUUACGUGGUGGGAAAGGGUGAUGGAAACAUACGGUACUACGAGAUAAGCCCUGAGAAACCAUACCUGAACUACCUGAUGGAAUAUCGUUCUCCCUCACCACAGAAGGGAAUUGGAAUAAUGCCAAAGAGAGGUCUUGAUGUGGCAUCUUGUGAAAUUUUCCGUUUUUACAAACUGAUUCCAACUAAAAGCCUGAUUGAGCCCAUCUCCAUGAUUGUGCCUCGACGGUCGGAAUCAUACCAGGAAGAUAUCUACCCCUUGACUGCAGCAGCCCAGCCUGCACUGACAGCACAAGAAUGGCUCAACGGGAUUAACAAAGAGCCUCUCUUGGUAUCCUUAAGACCAGGCUCUGAAGGUGUGAACUCCCUACCACAGUUUCUUGAGCCAGAGCCACUCACAAAAGCUACUGAUGUGAGCCAGCAACAGGGAGGAGGAGGAAGGAUAUCACUGGAGGACAAGCAGAAGCCAGGAGAGAUUGAAGGCAGCAGAAAACGGCUGAAAGUGGAGGAGAAACUGCCAGAAAAUGAACAAAUGUGCCUCUCCAAUGUCUUUGACAUACUUGAGUGUCCAACACCAAAAACUAAAAGUGAGCUUUUACAGAUGUAUUACCGGCAACAGGAAGAAAUCCGUCGGCUACGUGAGUUGGUAAACCAGAGAGAUAUCCAAAUUAAACAGCUGAAGCUGGGGAUCAGAAAUCUCUGUGCAUCAGAAAUCUCUGACACAGGCAAUUACUGAGGUUGCUGACCUGCAACUCUUUGUACCCCUGGACACAGAGGGAGAUUCCAGUUCCUGCAGAUAACUCCUCCUAGGUUUUUUACUGGGGGUAAAAUUGAUAUUUCAGGCAGCAUGGACUUCCCUGGCUUGUGGUGGUCACAUUUCCCUAAUUGUCACCAGACAGUUUUUGAUGGAUUUGCUGUGCUUCUUCAGGCUCCCCUUGCUUGCCUGCUCACCAAUGUCAGAAGCUUGUGUGUUAAUGUUAGUGAGAGACUUUGGAAAAUCUUGCUCUUCUGGUCUUGGAGAAGCUAUGUGUUAAUCUCUAGGAAUGACCUGUUUUGCUGUCCCUCCACAUGACAGGAAAAUGGGAGACUAAAGGCAGCUGCCAGCUUCUUUUCUCAGCCUGGGGCCCAGCAAUGCGCUCCUGUGUCCUUGCAAGAGGGAGCCCACUCUGCUGAGCUUCAGAGGCACCUCCAGCUCCAAAGUGAUCCCUACGCACCCCUCUCCCCUCACAGCUCGGCCCUGCUGCCAGGUGGAUCGGGAAAGCCGUGGCUGCCCUGCCCUGGUGCUGGGGAUAGUCCCGCUCUGAGUGGGAGGCUGCACUGGGGGUGCCAAGGGCCGGCACUUCAGUGACAGGAAAAGGAGAGUCGGUGUUGGAGGACCUGCUUAAAAGAGUUGGUGGUGUGGGCUAGUUCUCACCAGGGAAGCUGAAGAGUCUCUGUGUCCUGUGAGUCAGUGGCCUUCUUUCCCUCCUUCUGCCAAAGACCAGCUGCAGUCAACUGGGGGUCACAGAAAUAUGAGGACAUUUAAAGCUGCACAGUGUUGACAGCCAGGGGAUUUGCCAAAAGGGUUUAAAAGGAUGAGUGGGGAUUGGACCCCUGUUGUAAUUCGGUAUAUGAGGUAUAAGAACUGAAAUCAGGAUCCUGUAACCUCCUUCCUGCAAACCCCAGUUCCUGUCUUCCUUUCCGGUCCUGUGACCUUCCCCUGUGUCCUUGUACCCACCGGGGGUCGGAUAUUCCGGUCCCUGUCUCCUCUGAGUCCUUAUCCCAUUGGCAGCUAGCCAAGGCCACUCCCAUUCCCUUCUCCUGAAUACCUGGUUCCCAGAGAAACUCGGCCUCUUUCCGGCCACACCAUCGCCAUGCAAUAAACUGAGGCUGAAAGAGCCUCUUUUUGUAUCCUUCUCCAUCCAUGAUGCGAUACUUUGUCUGAUCUUAAAUAAUUGGGAUAUAGACACAGUAUAACAGCAUCAGACCCCCAACCCACUGCAGGCAUUUCAGCAAUGGUGCUAGAAGUGCUGUGUCAACCACAGUAAGAUCACAGGGCCGAGGCCAGUCAUGAACAGCCCUCCAGGGUUACUGGAGUAUCACUUGUCCUUAAUGCCUGCAGCUGCUGCUUCCAUAGCUCCCAGGUGCCAGCACCUUCUCCCAUUCCUGCAGCCAUCCACAGCUGCAGGUUCCCUCUUGCCAGCUGUGUUGUCCAGCCCCCUGCUUCCUCCCGGGCUGCUGAGCCUUCCUCAGCCCUGUGGCCACACUGAUCUGUGCCCUUCAGCACCAGCUCUCUGGCUCAAUGCUGUACCUUAUGGACAUGUCUUAAACCCAGGCAGAUGAAGCAAACCAGUGUUUAAUCUGUAACUGUGCGCCUCUAUAGUGGCACAUAGAAAGCAUAGAAUCAGCUAGGCCCAGAGGAUGUGUCUAGGACACAUCCUUGUCACCAAAUGCAUUUUGGCUGCAUUUUUUUUUUUUUUUUGCUUAUUUUUUAAUACAAAAUAAAUUAUUUAAAUUAUUUCCAAAGUAAAGUAAUUUUUCCAGGGGAUUUUUUACAUCGUCUUGAGGACUGUUUCUUUGUUAUUCUGUGACUGACUAGCAUAGAGAAUGGUUGGCCACUAUGGUUCUUAUCCUAGGGUUGUGUUGACUUUAGCAUUUAUGGAAAAGAAGGUGCUUUCUUUUAGGCUUUGGUGAGACUAUUUAAUCAAAGCUUCUUUUUUAGACAGUAUGCCUGUAAAAGCAUGGACCGUGAAAUGUACUUAAAUUUGGAGCUUAACUGCAACCACUAAUCUUUCACAUGGAAAAAACCUCGAGGAAAUGGAGUUAUGCGUUCAUGAUCUGUGCCUAAAUAGUCUUGAGUAAUUAUUGUAAAAGUUUUUAGAACUCUAAAAGCUUUGUAAAAAAAAACUAUUGAACAUGGGGAUAAAAAACAAAUCUGUGCAAUGGAAAGCAAAUAUAACUGAAUAAUAAAUAUAUUUAGUUUUACUUUUU